AACGCCGUCAACCCACCCAUUGUACCCCGACCACGACCGCCUGUAUCAUCACAAUGGCUCUCGGACCCAGCGAAAACCACGCGAAGACUAAGACCACAUGGCACAUUGGCUCAUGGGGUAACCCGUACGAGGGCGGCGGCCGACCCGGCAAGGGCGUCGUUACCUACGCACUGAGCCCCAACCGACAGCGCCCCAUGGCCACUUUCAUUGCCAAGGGCUUCUGGAACGUCGUGCGCCGAUCAAGGAACCAGGUCCUUUACUUUAUCCCGCCGCUUGUCGUCGCAUACGGAACUAUGCAAUGGGCCAUUGAGAGGAACGAAUUCCUCAACUCCAAGACCGGACGUGCCCUGUACGGCGAUGAGGAGGAGUAAGGCAAAGACCGGAUAGAGAGUUGUUGGUGGGGUGUGUGCAUGUUCAGAAAGGCAGCUGAUCGGAUGCCGACCUUGACAGUUUUCUUUGCAGAGUCACCAAAUAGACUGUACAACCAA